GCCGAGUACCGAUGCCAUGAAGCAGAGGUAUUCGCCUGGUGUUGGAAAGCCAUGCGAGUGUUCGGACUGACCGUACCGUCUUUCUGCGCGCUGAGUGCCCUCGCAUACAAUCAUGCACCGCAGUCAGGGGAUGGCACUUUUAAGAAAUGGUUGGCCUUGGGUGACUGUAACGGCAGACUGAAUUCAUACGUCUCCGUCAUGAUCUGACGAUUGCUACACUCGCGGGCCCCGGUACCGGGACAGCUGCACCAGAAGACGAAGGCGACUGCUUUCGAAGACUUGGUGCUUAUCCCCGGCAGCUCCAGCGGUCAAGCUUAUUCCGCAAGGGCUAUGGUGAUCCCGAAUACAGCUUCCUAUCCUGUACAGGAAGCACGACAGUGCAGGUGUCUGAGAAUCAGCUUCGGUCGGUUGAUGGCAAUACUUCGUUGGUGACGAUCUCGACUGGCGGCAACGAUGUCCUGUUCUACAACGUGCUAAUUGCAUGUAUCUUCAACCCGUGGCAUCGAUGGGGCGACUGCGAUGCGGCACAACGAGCGCUCUGUAUAGCGAAGACAUGUGGAAGAACUGGGACAAUGUGAUUAACAACAUCAGC